AUGGAGCCGCCAGAUUAUGUGCCCGAAACCUCCGAGAUUGGGUCCUUGACGGCCAACUCCAACGAGGACAGUCAGUUCGUUGGCUCCUCCAGCGGCGUCUACUUCAUUAAUACCGUCAAAAGGGCCUUUUCAAAUGGCCAGGAUGCUAAAGGGUCUUCAGAGGCAGAGUUUCCUCUGGCAGAAGACACCCUGAUGGGUGCCGAAGACUCACCCCAGCGCAAGCGACGUCGCACGUCAUCUUCUCGAGAAGACCCCAUUCCCUCGGUGGAGGCGAGGCAUUCCCCGCUACAAUGGAGACGCGAUCCGGCCAUUGUCUCCUCCUUGGGUCAAGCACCGCCCUUGGAGCUGGCAAGGGAACUCAUGAUGAUGUACUUCAAAGUCUGGCAUCCCCUCUUUCCAUUCCUACAUGGUCCCACCUUCCUGCAGGCCAUGGAAAGGCUAUACUCCAGUGACGCAUCAGAUCAAUUGAUCCAAGACACUGUUGAAUCAGGUCAUCGGAGCCUCUGCUGGACAGUGAUUCUACAAUGUAUUUUCAAUCUGGGAAGCCUCCUGCGCCCUGAUCUGGAGCUUCCGGCAGAAUCCCGGAUCCAGCCACCGGCCAACAUGGCGCCGUUACUCUCAGUCCUUGCAACUCGACAUGAUAUUGCUUCCUUGCAGGCACUACUAGCUGUCCAGGUAUACCUUGUUGCUACCAUGUCACUCAGGCUGGCGUCCACCUUUGGCGGCUGUGUCUUGCGCUGUGUGCUCCAUGCCGGACUACAUCGCUGUCCGUUCCGGUACACCCAGCUCUCAUCCCACGACAGACAGCUGAGGAAGCGAAUCUUCUGGUGUGCGUAUGCGAUUGAUCGCUACCUCAGCCAGGCAUUGGGGCUGCCUUUGGGAAUCCAGGAUUCGGAUAUUGAUGUGUGCUUGCCUGCUGCGCCAGAAUUGCACUCUCCACGACACCGCAUGAACCCAAACGUCAACAAAAAUGCACAGAGUGUGGGCUCGACACCGGUAGAGGUAUCUGAAAGCGGCAAAGAAGGGAACAGUACGCGUUCACCGUCUCAGUCAGUGGAAGACGUAUCGCGGUCCGACCACGAGGCAGCGAAUCACAAGAAGGAAAUCGUACUGGCAAGCUAUGUCUACUCUGGAACACUCACCGGUCGGGCUCUGGAGCUUUUUCACAAGUCUAUACUUGUUCGGUCUGUUCGCCGAAGCUCUGUGUUGUUCCUGGUGACGGAUGUGCAUAAAUGGUGGAAUAGUUUGCCACUUGAGUUGCAAGGAAAGAUGCCAGAAGCAGUUAGAGACACAGAAGCUGCAUUCGACUUCAGCCCCUUCUUUACUGUGCUAUACCAGCAUCUUAUUCUCAUCAUCCACCGCCCAUCGUUGUCCUUGGAUCCUACAUCAGCAGACUUUUGCUCGGGAUUACAGACGUGCAUUGGUGCCGCUAGGGGUAUUUUAGCUGCACUGAGGAGCCAAGCCCAAACCAGACAGGCUCUAUUUUGGCCUGGCUUCUUGUCCGCAGCGUGGAUGUCGGGAUUAGUCUUGGCUUUUGCUUGCCAGCUUAACCAAUACGUUGUUGCGAAGGGUUUACAAGAGAUCGAGUCUUGCUCGAACUUCCUGCAUCAGAUGUCUACCCAAUGGGAAACGGCUAGACACUGUGAAAUUGCACUUUCGUUGCUAGCUGCGAAGAUCCGCGAAGCAGAGAACGAGCCCGAUGCAGCAGCGAAAGCUCAUGCUUACGCAAUAAUGCGACGAGAAGAAGGAGAGCCCUUGAAUCCUUCAGAACAGCGUGAACAGAGAAGAGCACAACUGAACAAUCGUUCGGCCGAAUCACGGACGAACUCGCAAAAAACACCCUUCGAAGCCAAUAGUACACAAAGGCGAGCACCACAAACCGAGGGUCCAUAUACGGAAAUGGCGGGCGUUUCUUUGAAUGCAAAUUUUCUAGGUACAGGGACUGUCCAUGAGACUGUUCAAAGACCUUAUCAGUCGAUCGGACUUGGCAUGGACCUAGGGCCGGCAGGCGCUCCCUCCUCCUUGGCGCUCGAUUUCCAGCAGACGGACUCUAGUCAGCUGGCUGGGGGCUCGAGUUUCGAUUUAAACAUGGUGGAUUUGCUACAAGGGGCUAAUUUUGAUUCCCUGUUCGAUAUGAUCGGGCAACAGUACCCGAGUUUUUAG